AUGCCUCUCUGGCGCAUCUUCUCCGACCCAUCCAUCUUCAGCACUACCCAAAGAGAGGGUCUCUCCAAGGCCAUCACCGACCUCUACGUGUCUCGCGGCCUCCCACCUUUCUAUGUCGUCGUCAUAUUCGUCGAUGUACCCGAGAAGGGUUUCUUCGUGGGCGGAGAAUCGAAGAAUAACUUCGUCAGGGUUGUGGUUGAGCAGAUUGCCAGGGUAAUGGUCGGGCCGGAGACCGAGGAGGGAAGAGCGAAGAGAAAGGCAUGGAUGGAUAUGAUCAACGAGGUCCUGAAACCGUACAUCAUCGACAGAGCUGAGCUGGAGUGGGAGCUGCACAUCUAUGAGACGCCCCGCGAUCUCUGGAGAAUCCAGGGCCUGGAUCCUCCGCCGCCAUUCUCUGAGGCAGAGAAGCGGUGGGCGGAGAUGAACAAGGCCAUCCCCUACCAGUGA